GGGCGCCCCGCGCUGCGGGCGCAGAUAGCGCGGGUGCGGCCCCUAUCUCCCCGCGGGGCGCGAGCGGGAAGCCUGUGGGCCUGCCCCGGCGCCUCCCCGACCUUAUCUCGUCCGUCUUGUGGGCGGGUCCUGCGCCGCGAGCGGGGGCCUCGCGCUCCCACCGCCGCCUCGGCGGGCUCUGCCAUAGUUUCCCGGGAAGCAGCGAGUGGCCGGGACGGGAGCGCGGAGCCGGCGGCGCUCAGCAGAGAGAGCGCCCCGGUCAGCCUGUCGACGUCGCCCUCCUCCCCCAGGCUCCCAAUGGGCCGGACCGUGGUCGUGCUGGGCGGAGGCAUCAGCGGCUUGGCCGCCAGUUACCACCUGAGUCGCGCCCCGCGUCCCCCCAGGUCCUGGUGGAGGGCAGCGAGCGCCUGGGAGGCUGGAUCCGCUCCGUGCGAGGGCCAGGCGGUGCUGUCUUCGAACUUGGGCCUCGGGGGAUUCGGCCGGCGGGAGCGCUGGGAGCGCGGACCCUGCUCCUGGACGCGUGGCAAGCAGGUGUCUGAGCUUGGCUUGGACUCAGAGGUGUUACCUGUCCGAGGGGACCAUCCAGCUGCCCGAAACAGGUUCCUGUAUGUAGGUGGUGCCCUGCACGCUCUGCCUUCUGGCCUCAGGGGGCUGCUCCGCCCGUCACCUCCCUUCUCCAAACCUCUGUUUUGGGCUGGGCUGAGGGAGUUGACGGCACCGCGGGGCAAAGACCCCGACGAGACUGUGCACAGUUUUGCUGAGCGCCGCCUUGGACCUGAGGUGGCGUCUCUGGCCAUGGACAGCCUCUGCCGCGGAGUGUUUGCCGGCAGCAGCCGGGAGCUCAGCGUGCGCUCCUGCUUUCCCAGCCUUUUCCAAGCUGAGCAAACCCACCGCUCCGUGCUGCUGGGGCUGCUGCUGGGCGCAGGACGGAGCGCGCCGCCGCCGGGUUCGGCGCUGGUCCGCCAGGCCCGGGCCGAGCGCUGGAGCCAGUGGUCCCUCCGAGGGGGACUGGAGAUGCUGCCCCAGGCGCUCACUGCCCACCUGACCCGCAGAGGGGUCGCUGUGCUCAGAGGCCAGCCGGUCAGUGGGCUCAGCCUCCAGGCGGACGGACGCUGGAAGGUGUCUCUCGGGGACAGGUGCCUGGAGGCUGACCACGUUAUCAGUGCCGUUCCAGCUUCAGGUGAUGGGGUGGCCGCCCUCCCCUUCCCCAGCUGGGGUGCGGGCAGCGGCAGGUUUCUGGUGCUCAGCAAGCUGCUCCCCGCCGAGGCCGCACCCCUGGCGCGCGUCCUGGGCACCAUCGCCGCGGUGUCUGUGGCUGUGGUGAACCUGCAGUACCGAGGAGCCCGUCUGCCCGUCCAGGGGUUUGGACAUUUGGUGCCGUCCUCAGAAGACCCAGGCAUCCUGGGAGUCGUGUACGACUCGGUUGCUUUCCCCGAGCAGGACGGGAGCCCGCCUGGCCUCCGAGUGACUGUGAUGCUGGGCGGUUCCUGGCUACAGACGCUGGGAACCGGGGGCUGUGCCUCAUCUCAGGAACUGUUCCAGCAGAAGGCACAGGAAGCAGCUGCCACACAGUUAGGACUGAGCGCGCCACCGAGUCACUGCUUGGUCCAUCUGCAUAAGAACUGCAUCCCGCAGUACACACUAGGCCACUGGAAAAAACUGGAGUCAGCCGCCCGCUUCCUGGCGGCCCACAGGCUGCCCCUGACUCUGGCCGGAGCCUCCUAUGAGGGGGUUGCCGUCAACGACUGCAUAGAGAGUGGGCGCCGGGCAGCAGCCCAGGCCCUGGGCACGGGCCCUGACCGCUGAUCCCCUCGCCCGCCCCCUCUGCCCUGCCGGCCGGGAGUCUCUCGCCCGUGAAAAUAAAGUUGCUGGCGCUUG